AUGGACGCCGAAUCUGUUGAACCCUUUCUGGUUUACCUACCGAUCCCACAGAGAGUUGUUGUCCUUGUGUUAUUAGGGUUAUGGCUAUGGACAUGGUUCCUGAAGGUAUCAGUAUCCUACUACGACGUGUCCAAAGUAAUUGUAUCCAAUGAGUCCACGGGACUACCUUACUUUAACACAUCCACGAAAAUACACCAAUCAAGCCUGAAACUGUUCAAGUCAAUCUCUAGAGUCAUUAUACCGUGGCAAUUGGUAUGUAUAAUCUUAUUCCAAUACUCCUUCACUAAUAACGUAUCCAACAAAUUGCUUUGGUUUUUUUUGAAUGUUUCACCACUACUGGAGUUGUUUUACAUAUUUGCAAUGAUAUUAAGGUCAUCAGCAAUGGUCGCAAGGUGCUUUAAAAGAAUACUUUGGGUAGCUGACAUUGAACCAAAGCCGUAUAGGAAUAACUAUAUUAUAAUUAGUGAUACUUUGACCUCGUACUCUAAGCCAUUGGUGGAUUUAGCUAUUUAUGCCACUUUCCUUUUCCAUGAUCCAACAAACGUCAAGUGUCAAGUGGAAAGAUAUGAAAAUGCUAUAUCGUUAAACAUUGACGUACUUGUUGGAGUCUUGCCCUCAUUGGUCAGAAUGAUUCAAUCGUUAAGAGAAUUUACAAGAGGAAGGUCUCAGAAGAAAGAUGGUUCACAAUUGUUCAAUGCUUUUAAGUAUGCUGGUAAUAUUCCUAUCAUGCUAGUUACAGUCUAUACAAGAUAUUACAACCUGGGCCCACUUGGAAUGAUGUAUUGGUUCAUGUUUUGGAAUUCCGCGUAUUCAUUCUGGUGGGAUGUGACCAUGGAUUGGAAACUAGAGCUGUUCGAUUUUGUGAAUGGGGACACUAGUGUCAAUAACAAUAAUAGUAGUAACAAAGCGGACGGUCUUUUAAGAAGCAUUUUGUUGUACCGGAAAAAUGCGUGGUAUUAUAGCGCUAUGGCGCUCGAUUUUAUUUUGAGAUUCGUAUGGUUCUGGGAGUAUAUCAGUGGGCACUCUGUAUUUUAUGGGGAAUUAAACAUCUUUUGGUUACAAAUUUUAGAGAUAAUCAGAAGAUGGAUUUGGUUAUUCUUUAAAGUCGAGGUAGAAUACAUUGCAACAACAGAGGGGGGGAAAAUGGAUGAAUGA